GAGCCCUGUGGCAACGCUUCGACCACCAACCAUUUAUUAUUAUUGCUGUUGGUCUGCCCAUUAUUAUUUGUUGUACAUAAAGUUGGCAGCAAAUAAUGCCAUGUCAUCGUCCAACCAAGCCGAGGAGACUAACCCGAACCUCCACGUGGAGGAUGCACACUCCGGAGGCGCAUUGCCGCAGGAAUUCCUUUACUGCGAGAGCUGCGGCAACGUUUACGACGACACAGGAUCCUACGACAGAGACCACAGACCACAGAACGGCUGCUGCAUAGGCGUUGGCGUCAGCGGCGAAUUGCAUUUCGUCGAGGAGAUCGCCGAAGAUUGCAUUUUGGAAGAGGUCAGUGACGAGGACAUUGUGGACGCAGACGUGCCUCUCUGGGAACUGGUGGAUGAAGAUUCGGUCAACAGGAAGGCGGAGGAGGAGGAACCCGAGCCCAGCAAUUCCGAUCGCUACUUUUGUUACGACUGCCACAGCAUUUUUGAAAAUCGAAAUAGAGCUGAGGAGCACAUAUGUCCGCGGGCGGAAUCCGGCGGAGGGUCCAGCCAACAUGUUGGCGAUGUGAAAGCACCCGCCCGGCGAAAAUUCGCUAGUGUCAAUGAAGGGACGGGUCCAAACGACGCAUCAUCCGUCAUUAGCUGCGGAAUCUGCAACACUGUUUUCAGCUCGGAAAAGUUUCUUAAGUUCCACAUGCGCAUUCAUGAAAAUCGAGCUCCUAAGACCAUUCAGGACGCCCUUCCCAUAGGGGCCCAUCAGCAAUAUAGCGAGCUGGAUCAGUUCUAUUGCGAAAUAUGCAACAAGAGUUUUGAUGAGACCCUUCUGACGAUACAUAAAAAGAUGCACCAACAGGAAAAUAGUGAGUUUAUGUGCAGCAUUUGCAACCGGAGGUUUGAAGACGAUGUUACCUAUCAGAUGCACCAAAAAAUCCAUGAGAAACCUCGCGAAUCCUUUCGAAGAUUAACCCAGCGUACUGGUCUCGAUAAGGAUAAACCCGGGUUUCCCUGCCAGUACUGUGAGCGGGUGUUUACCCGCCCUUUUGAAAAAGUCAAGCACGAACGGGUCCACACCGGAGAAAAGCCUUACGCCUGCGAAGUCUGCGGCAAGACAUUUCGCGUGUCCUAUUCCCUGACCCUUCAUCUGCGUACUCACACCAACAUUCGGCCGUAUGUUUGCACGGUGUGCAACAAGCGCUUUAAAUCGCACCAAGUGUACUCCCAUCAUAUGCGCAUCCACAGCUCGGAACGGCAGUUUUCAUGCGAUGCGUGUCCCAAGUCCUUUCGGACGUCAGUGCAGCUGUACGCCCACAAAAACACCCAUACCAAGCCUUACCAGUGUGCCGUGUGCAAUCGCCCCUUUUCUUCGAUGUUCGCCGUCAAGAAUCACAUGCAGACCCAUAAGGACGUCAGCACCAAAGGAAGAGUCGGCACUAGCCGCAGACUUCCAAGCGCGCAGACCUCCAAGAGCCAGGCAGCUGGAAAGUUCUACUGCAAUACUUGUGGAGCUGAGUACGUCCGCCUCUUCGCCCUGCGCAUGCACAUUAAGUCGGCUCACGGCUUAGUGGAGGAGCAGGAAAAUCCCUCAACCUCACCCGAAACUGCACACGUCAAUGAGGCCGACGAUUCCGAGACUGCGGUGUUGAUAGCGGCCGCCGAGGCAGAUGCCGCUUAUAUUAACGCUGUGGUAAAUGACGUGAACGUCGUAGGCUCCGUGCCCACAUACGAAGAAUGCGUUGAAUUUGACGCGGAUAACUUCCACAGCGAGGAAGUUAUUACAGAUUGGCUUAAGUAGCAGUUUAAAGUUUUACACCGACUUAAAAAUGUGUAUAAUAUUUUGUAAUUAGCUGCCACACAUUGAAACCCACCGGUUUUGGUACAAG